CUGCCGCGGAAUGACAAGAGUCACAUAGCAGCUUUAAUUUUAGCUCGAGGGGGGAGCAAAGGGAUCCCGCUGAAAAACAUCAAGAUGCUGGCCGGAGUCCCGCUCAUCGGGUGGGUGCUGAGGGCCGCCGUGGACUCGGAAAUGUUUGACAGUGUGUGGGUAUCAACGGACCAUGACAAAAUUGAGGAAGUUGCAAAGGCAUGGGGUGCUCAGGUGCACCGGAGGAGUCCUAAAGUCUCCAGAGACUUUUCUUCAUCAGUAGAAACCAUCCAAGAGUUUCUUGAGCACCAUAAAGAGGUGGAUAUAGUUUGCCACUUCCAGGCUACAUCACCGUGUCUCCACCCGUUCCACGUGAAGGAGGCCUUAGAGAAGAUCACGGUGCACGGUUACGAUUCAGUCUUCGCAGUGGUCAGGAGACACCAGUUUCGCUGGAAGGAGGUCGAAAAAGGAUCUGGUGAGCAAACAGUGCCGUUUAAUCUGGAGCCAGCCAAACGGCCGCGGCGUCAGGACUGGCCAGGGGAGCUGUGUGAGAAUGGCUCAUUUUACUUCGCCAAAAAAGAGAUCAUUGAAAAGGAAGGACACUUGCAGGGCGGUAAGUUAACUUACUAUGAGAUGUUGCCGGAGUACAGCGUAGAUAUAGACGUGGACAUUGACUGGCCUGUGGCAGAACAGAGGGUCCUCAGGUAUGGUUACUUUGGUAAGGUCACACCAGAGGUGGUCCGCCUAAUGUUCUGCAACAUUUCCGGCUGUUUAACUGAUGGAAAGAUCUUUAUGUCUGUGUCCGGAGAGGCAAUGGUGUCUGUCAACACCAGAGACACAACUGGGCUUCGGAUGCUGCAGGAAGAACAAGUUGAGGUCAUACUGUUGACCACAGAGAAAGACCCCAUUGACCCAGCUUUGCUUAAAAAACUUGAAGAUAGGAUAAAGUGCAAGGUUGAGAAGGUGGGAAAGGAGCCGCUGAAUGAUUUGCAAUCAAUCGUUGAGAAGAAGAAGCUGGAAUGGAAGGAUGUGGCGUUCAUGGGUUUUGAUCAAGCAGAUGUGAAAUGCCUGAACCUGGCAGGACUGAGUGCAGUACCCGGCGAUGCUCCAGUUGUGGCUUCUAAGGCUGCAAAGUACAUCUGCCGCCGUGCUGGGGGAUCGGGAGCCGUGAGGGAGUUCAUUGAGCACAUUCUGCUGCAGAAGCAAAUGGCAAAAUCUCAGAGGGAGCAGGACCGCAUCGACCGCCACAACUUCUAA